UUCACGUUAAAGUUAAUGUUAUAAUAGUUUUUCAGAAAAGUUAAACAAGGUGUACCAGUCUUUGACUCUUUGUUUGGAGUAAAAUAAUAAAAGAUUGUUUGGGGGAAGAAUUAGAAUUAGAAUUAGAGCCCAGAAAGCUUAAAGAAUAUUUCUUUAUUCUUCAAAUAAAGGUUCUUUAGCUUCAUUGCAAAGUUGUUGGAUUCAUGAGAAUCUCCUGAAAUCUAGGCAUUGAUUGAUCUCUUGGCUCCCUUCUCUCUCAGUUUCUGAAGAGAAUUGGGCCCUUUGAGCAAACACAGAGAGGUGUAAAUUUGAGAGAGAGAGAAAGGGAAAGAUUUUUUUUUUUUUUUCUUUUCUGUAAGAGAGAGAUGUUGUUUGGGUGUCCAGGGCAGGUGAGUGGUUUAAUCUUGCGAGUGGGGCAGUGUUUUUUUGCCGCUGCUUCAGUUGGGGUGAUGCUUUCAGCUCAUGGCUUCUACAAUUCUACUGCUUUCUGCUAUCUAAUUGCAUCAAUGGGACUUCAAGUUCUGUGGAGUUUUGGACUAGCUUGUCUAGAUUUGCAUGCUUUGAGAUCAAAGAAAAAUCUGCGAAAUCCCGUCUUAGUGAGCCUAUUUGUUGUUGGUGACUGGGUGACAGCAAUUCUAUCACUUGCAGGUGCAUGCUCGGCAGCUGGGGUCACAGUUCUGUAUACAAAAGACCUAACUUUGAAUUACUGCCAGUCACCAUCCCAUUUCUCAUGCAACAGAUUCCAAAUUUCUGUGGUUUUGGCUUUUAUCUCCUGGUUCCUCCUUGCCAUAUCUUCUCAUGUCAUGUUUUGGCUUUUGGCCGCAGUCUAGGGGAUUUAUCUAACAAUUAACAUGACUGAACUAGAUUAAAAUGCUAUAUCUGUAAAUAUUGUUAUUUCUGAGGCGUAUCCAUUUUCUCGGAAAUGCUCAAGAUAUCUCAUUAUAUAAGCAUGCCAUUUCUGAUAGUGUACCCUUGUUUUUUUAACUUCAAGAAUUUAGAUAUGAACAAAGAUUGACAGUGGUAGUCCAUAGCCCUGCUCUAGAUUACUUUUCACUGCAGAGGCGUUUGUUUCGCAUCGAUAUUUUUGAACUUGAAACUUGAUUUAGCUUGUCUAUUCAUUCAGUUCGUCAAGAAUGACAAAAUGGGUGAAACGUGUGUGAUGCGUCUCCUCCACCAUAGUUGUGAAACUGUUAUCAAGCUGCACAGACUAUUGCUGUUCAACCAUCAUGCCAUAAACACAGCGCAAAUGAGGCUUGUUUUCUUAAUGGUUGGGUCCUCAUUUGCUUGGUUUUCCAAAUGGACACGACCCUGCAAUAUUAGUGGUUAUAGUAAGAUGUUUAUAUGGCUUUUUAGGAUCCUCAAAAGCUGGAGUAGUGAGUAAUCGCAAAUGCAAUGGAAUUCAUGUUUUUUUUCUUUCCGAAAACAGCUGCUCCAAUUUCAAAAUGUUAAAU